AUGAAGGGUGCGCGCGGUCGCGAGAGCUCGCGCCUCCUGUCGCUCCCCGACGAGCUUCUCGAGCCCAUUCUCGCGCGCAUCGAUCAUCUGCGCGAGCGCUGCAGCCUCGUGCUCUCCUGCUCACUCCUCCACCGCCUCUCCCGCCGCACGCCCUACUCGCUCCACCUCCACCCCUUCGCGAAAAAACAUGAUGUCACUGCCCGAGAAUGGCUGAAGAAUUUUGAGAUUUAUUCUGGGGUAUUUACCCACAUAAUCGACCUCACGGUGGAGGUUAGUGCCGGCAUCCUGGAUCACCUUCUGGGCGGCAUCGGUGCGGGGUGCGCGCGACUGGAGAGGCUGAGGCUCGUGUCGGACCGCGACCGCCGCAUGGCGUCACUGGAGCUUGAGUGCCCAUUCGCCUGCACCGACCCGCCGCCUCCCCCAGUGCACGCCUUCCCCUCACUGCGCUCUCUCUCCCUCCUCUUCGUGCCCACGCACUACCGCUUUGUCGCCCUCUGCUCCUCCCUCACCUCGCUCACCCUCUCGCGCCCCUACGCCUUCGGCCUCCACACUCUCGCGUCCGCCUCCUCCCCGCUGCGCCGCUCCCUCGCCGCCCUCACCAUCCACAACGCCAAGCUCGAAGGCGCCCUCAAGCCCCUUGCCUCCUUCCCUCGCCUCGCCUCGCUCGCCUUCCGCUCCUGCGACAUCGACCCAUGCGACCUGCACGCGCUCGCAUGCUCGCUGCACACGCUCACCCAUCUGGCCGUCCACGACUGCCCCAUGAUUCCCAGCCACUCCCUCGCAGCGCUGGUUGAAGUUAACCCCGCUCUCGCCUCCCUCUCGCUACACUCCACCUCCUACUUUCUCUUCAUCCCACAAGGCCUCCGGGUUCUGCUCCUCUCGUCCUCCUCCCACCUGCACACCCUCACACUCUCCGUGCUGCCUUCGUACCGCCCAGGCAUGCUUGCAUGCUGCAGCAAUCUGCAACGCCUGACGCUGAGAGGACAAGAGGCGGCGAGCAGAGGUAUCUUGUCGUCCAUGUCGCCGCAAAAGCCGUCUCUGGAUUGCCUUGUGGCCAUGCUGGUGCGCGUGGAGCAGCCGGGGAUCGUUGACGGACCGGAGGGAAGGGAUGAUGGACAGCAGCUGAAGAAGAAGAAGAAGAAGAAGAAGAAGAAGAAGAAGAAGAAGAAGAAGAAGAAGAAGAAGAAGAAGAAGAAGAAGAAGAAGAAGAAGAAGAAGAAGAAGAAGAAGAAGAAGAAGAAGAAGAAGAAGAAGAAGAAGAAGAAGAAGAAGAAGAAGAAGAAGAAGAAGAAGAAGAAGAAGAAGAAGAAGAAGAAGAAGAAGAAGAAGAAGAAGAAGAAGAAGAAGAAGAAGAAGAAGAAGAAGAAGAAGAAGAAGAAGAAGAAGAAGAAGAAGCAGAAGAUGAAUCAGAGGCAAUGA